CCGAUCCCGGAAACAAGCACCGCACCAGGCUCAUAUCAGGAGCAGUUUCCAGUUCCAUCCUCCCUUCAUCUCUUGUUGUUGCAGCAGCAGGCGGCGAAUCCGGCGAUGGACGGCGGGAAGAAGAGCCGUAACCCGUCCAAGGUGUCGGCGGACUACCGCAGCGACCGCAAGUCGGCCACCGGGAUGAGCGGCGACCCCAAGAAGGGCGGCCGCGGCGGCAAGUUCACCUGGGAGGGCGCCGACGGCUACGCCGACGAGGACCUCGACCUCAUCUCCAAGAACAACAACAGCCGCACCAGCAAGGCCGCCGCCGCCGCCGCCAAGAAGGCCAGCGACGACGACGACGUUAAGAAGUAGGCCCCCGCCUCAGCCCCUGCCCGCCCGGUCUGAGUCCUUGGCAGCUCAUAUGAAUAAGAAGGGGGUUUCGGUGUUGGCGAUCGAGGGGCCGUGCAGGGUGUGUAGAUAUGAUCUUGAUGUUGGGGUCUUAAUUCGGUUCUUGGAUGAACUAGUAGUUUAGUCACCGGAAUCUUAAUCGCGCUCGCAUCCGCAAUUUGGUUGGUUUGCUGAACUUGAAUCUGCUGAUCUUUGUCGUUGA